GAGCUUGGUGAAGCAUACACAAAAACAGUAUUGAUACAUCAAGUGAUCAUCUCAGUGUUAGCUAAGCUAGCUAGUAGCUUUGAUCAGUGGCAGCCAGCCAUGGGGAACGGCAAGGUGUACGCGACGGUGGUGCUCAUCAGGCUGAUAUACGCCGGGAUGCACAUACUCACCAAGGCCUCCUUCAACGAGGGCGCCAGCACCACGGUGUUCGUGUUCUACCGCCACGCCGUCGCCGCCAUCUUCUUGCUACCCUUCGCCUACUUCCUCGAGAUCAGGAAGAAGCAGGCGCCGCCGCUGACGUUUCGGCUGUCUGCCAAGAUCUUCGUCCAUGGAUUCUAUGGGAUGGCCGGAACGAUAAACCUGUACAGCAUUGGCCUGAAUUACGCGUCGGCCACCUCGUCGUCGGCCAUCUUCAACAUCGUGCCGGUGGUCGCCUUCAUCUUGGCUGUCAUGUUCAGGAUGGAGACUCUGAACCUGAAGAGCACCCAUGGCAUGGCGAAAGCAUCGGGGAUACUCCUCUGCAUCGGCGGCGUCAUCGUGCUGGCUCUGUACCAAGGCCCGGAGUUCAAGUCCUUGAACCACCACCAGCUCCUCCACCAUGCGAGCGCCGCCGCCGCCGCCGCGGCGCAUUCCAAGAAGAACUGGGCGCUGGGGAUCUUCCUGAUGACCACCUCCGUCGUGAUAUGGUCGUUCUGGACGGUGAAGCAGGGGCCGUUGCUGCUGGAGUACCCGUCGAAGCUGAUGAACACGACGCUGCAGUGCGUGUUCGCGAGCGUGCAGUCGCUGGUGAUCGCGCUCGUCCUCGAGAGGGACUUCUCCCGGUGGAUCCUCCCCGGCGUCGUCAGCCUCGUCGGCGUCCUCUUCACCGGCAUCGUGGUGGCGGCGAUCUCGUACUACCUGCAGAUAUGGGUGAUCGAGAAGAAGGGCCCCGUGUUCCUGUCCAUGUCGAUGCCGCUCAGCCUCGUCUUCACCAUGGCCAUCGCCUCGUUCCUGCUCGGCGAGGACGUCAGCCUAGGAAGCAUUAUCGGCAGCCUGCUGCUCGUCGCCGGCCUCUACAACGUGCUAUGGGGCAAGAGCCGGGAGGAACACGGCGGCGGCGGCGUCGUCGUUGCCGGCGCUGGCACCGCCGGCGGGGAGAAGGAUGGCGCGGUGGCUCCCGCCGCAGCCGACGUGGUGAUGGCCAAAGUUUGACCGACACGGUGGUGCACCACGUGUCGCGGCGGCGUGGAAGCGAUCGGAAAGAGCGAAGCUACAAGUACAAAGGAUGGGGGUGGUGAUGACCGGUGAAUCUCGAAUAUCUUUUGCGGUGGCCGGGGCACGGGCGACCGGUGGUGGUGCGGCGGCGGCGGCGGCGGCAGAAAGGGUUAGGCUAGGCAAGCUAGACUACCCGGUGAAGUGGUGUACUCAGCUCGUGUCAACUGAUAAAUCUUUGUACUAUUAUUCCUGUUUUUUUUUAAUACUAGUAUAAGACACAUGUGCUUUGCAACUGGAUUUUUCA